UUGUCAUUUUUUUUUUUCAAAUUUCUGGGGGUUAACUCCUUGUGCAAAUAGCUGGUCUAGGUUGACAGCCAGUUUAAAAUAGUAAAUAAUGUAGAGAGGAUUCAUCUAGCAGACCUUAACUUGUUCGGGAUUGAGGCUUGGUGUAUAUAGAUGGGAAGGAUUGUUUUUAGGGUCCAUUUUAUGUUUCACGGUUUGACGUAUCUGAUAAGAUGCUGGAUGCAUCAUUUGCAGGCAAAUUUAGAUUGAAGUUUUCUUUCCUUUGUUGAUCACUCUUGGCGUUGUUUUUUGGAUUUUGAUAGACAGAUUGGAUCUUUUUUUUGCAGCUUAGGGUUUUUUGAAACUUUCAGAUUAUCUUCUGCUACGUGUUCAAGGGUUUUGUUUUGACCUAUUAGAGUUGAACUUUAAUUAUGGGAGAGGGGGACACAGUCACUGAAUUGGCUGAGGUAUCUGCCAACAAAAAUGUGGCAGCGGAAGAUAAGAGUGAAGAGGUCAAAGGAGUGAAAGAGAAGCAAGAUACGAAGAUUGAGGCAACGGAAGAGGAAACAUCUGAAAAACCAGUUAAAGAGGAAAAACAAGGCCCUGAAGGUGAAAUUGAGAAAGGAUCAAAGGAGAGUGAUAAAUCCGAGAGUGGUGAUCAGAAGAAAGACAGGAAGAGGAAAAGGCAAGUGGAAGACAAGAAGGAACUGGAGCCUAAAACACCUCUGGCUUCAACAAUUGAUCGCCCUGUACGCCAACGCAAAUCUGUUCAAAGGCUGGUUGCAUCUAUUGAAGGAGAACUCACCAAGGAAAUCCAUAUUGAAAAGGGUCGUGGAACUGCACUGAAAGAUAUUCCAAAUGUGGCAUACAAAUUAUCCAAAAGGAAGACUGAUGAUACACUCAAAUUGCUACACACAAUUCUUUUUGGACGACGGGGAAAGGCAGCUGAAUUCAAGUGUAAUAUUUCACGGUUUUCUGGCUUUGUGUGGCAUGAAAAUGAGGAAAAGCAAAAGAUGAAAGUAAAAGAAAAGCUUGACAAGUGCAUAAAAGAGAAGCUGUUGGAAUUAUGUGAUAUACUAGAUGUACCUGUUGCCCAGGCUACAUCAAGACAGGAAGACUUAGUACCACAGUUGAUGGAUUUUUUGGAGGCUCCUUAUUCUACGACUUCCGAGUUGCUUGCUGAAAAAGAUCAGAGUAGCAAGACCGAGAGUGCAUCUAAAAAUGCUGAGAAGAAAACACAUGAACCAAAAGAUGAAUUAGAGAAAGCUGAUCAGGAGGAGGGACCUGAAAUGAUAAAGACUAAUGGUGUUCAUGAGAGAUCAAACGAUGAGUUGUCGAAUCAAGCUGGAAGUGAGGAAAAAGGCGGUGAAUCUGAAGAAGAAUCCAAGAAGGACAAGAAGAAGUAUAAGCAAAGUUCAAAUAAGGAACCUGCUGGAAAAGAUAAAACCAAGAAAACUCCAGUUUCUAAGAGACCAGGUUCUCCACCCAAAAAAACACCUUCAAAAUCAUCAAAAGGCUCAAAGCAUAAUGAUGAUAAUGAUGCAAAUACAGAAGUGUAUUCAGAGAAGAAAACUACUGAAGUUGUUAAGGGAAAGUCAUCUACCUCAAAGAAGCCUAGUUCAAGAGACAAUACUGGGAAAAAAGUUCUGAAUGGAAAGGGCCAUAAGAAAGCAGAUAAACUGAGGCCGAGUGAUGAUGAACUGAGAAGUGCAAUUUGUGAAGUCCUAAAAGAAGUUGACUUUAACACGGCCACCUUUUCUGACAUUGUGAAGAUACUUGCCAAGCGGUAUGAUACAGAUCUUACACCUAGAAAGUCAUCUGUGAAGAAUAUGAUCCAGGAUGAGCUCACUAGGUUAGUCGACGAGGCUGAUGAAGACGACGAGGAAGAAAACGCUGAAGAGGAUGGAAAACAGCCUUCUGUCCGAGGUGUAGAGGCUUGAAAGGUAGCCUAUAUUGUCUACCUCGAGAUCCGACACUUUCGUCAUAGGUUGACAUCUGAAUUGUGUUCCAUAACGAGUUUGGCCGGGUGUAAUUUAUUGAUAGUGUUCGACUUUGUGGUUAACGCACUGGCUAGGAAGACAUAGAACUAGAAAUGUCAGGUUUUAGUGCAGGAUUGCAGCUUACUGUGUAAACAGUCAUUUGUAGUUUUUUUUUUUUUCUUUCUUUCUUGGAGGCACUGAUCUUUUCAUGUACUAGAAAUGCAAGUGUUGUAAUUAACACUUAUUUGAGACUAUCUUAGGUCCA